CAGAUGGGACGAACAGCGGGAGUCUCAUACCGGUAUCGUGCGACGCCUGGAUAUACCAACUAGGCCGUUUGAAGAGGGACCAGAGAUCAACGAUCCGUCUAUGGCGAUACAAGGGUCUACACCGAUUAAGGCGUUGGAUGUCAAUUCGGCUUGUCUUCAGACACUGCCUGUCAUCGAUUCUGGUGACCGGUCCGUUGAUGGUCGCCCAUACGGCGAGGUUCAGACUUCAGGCGUGCCAUCGGUGUUGGCGAGUAAAAUUGUCGACACAAAGCCAGCCGCACCCCCAAUGAUCGUUCUGCCCGCUGCUGUAGCACAUGAUCCGACACGACCGCUACCGCACUCGGCUCAGACGGAACACACUCCGAAGGGGACAUCAAUCUCGCCAUCUCCUCUUGGAAACUCGGAGAGCAAAGCUAAUGAACUCAGUGUAGUGGAGGCAGACCGCAUGGACCCCCCUGGGAUGAUCGAGUACAACAAGCGCCCUGCAGAAGCGAUCAUAACGCAACACCGAAAGAGUGCCUCGAGCUCAGCAGCUAAGAGGGUCAUGGAUUGGUUUAGACGGAAAGGCUCUGCCCGUGCAGUUCAUACGAACCACUCAGCCCACUCAGGCAUAUCCAGGUCGUCCUACGCUUCGAACAGCCCGCACGACGACGGUCUCCUUUCGCCGGGUGUAAUGGUACCUUCUGCUGCGUCUUUACGUGUCGAGGCGGGCCACACCCUGCCCCAUUCGCGGGAACGCUUCUUGAUUCCAGAAGGGGUGGCGAAAUCCUCGACUACAAGUCUACUUUCACCUGCUUCAGUGGUAUCUGCAAAUCCAGAGAGGCACUCGGUACAGCCUACGGAGGGCCAGGGUGCAUUCGCGGCCUUGCAAGAAGGCAUGCUACGCUACCACACUGGAGUAGUCGAUCAAGCCACUCUGACGACAUUGGAUCCCGCAACGAUCAUGGACAACGUUUACAAGGCUCUUCUUGACAUGGGGAUCGACGCAAAGAAAGACGGCGAUGCCAAGCUACGUUGCGUGCGUUUAAAAACCAAUUUGGAGAUUUCUAGCAAGACUGGCCCUUUAGAUCAGGGCAAUCGAACCCAAAUGCUGGGACCCACAGUUGGAAGAAGCGAUGAACGUAUUCCCGUACAGCCAACAGGCUUACGGACUUUGUUGGCAAGGAGGGCUAGUUCUCAUCAAGCCCAACAAGGAGCCACCGGUCUACUUUCGGUCGACGUCAAACGGCUUCGCGGGAAUGUCUGGACAUACAAGCUGGUGCAUGACACCUUGAUUGAGCGCUGCGGACUUGCCGACCAAUAUCGAACGUCUCGAAGUGCAUCUUAAUCAUCUGUUUGUUUUGCGAGAAUGACGUGUUCCCUCUGGGUCUCUGUAUAAUCAUGUUUGGCAGCAACUGGAUGUAGAUGCAUCUUGAUCACGGCGAGGGAAUCCGUUGAUGAGGCCGAACUCAAGCGAACGUCUAAAAACAGCGCUGCAGCAGUUUCGAUACUUGAGGCACUGCGAAUCU